CACUAGCCACGACUCUAGGAUACAGGACGGACCAAUAGCUUCCGCGCCGUCUUGACCUGAACAAGUGCAACUCUAUAGUUCCAUAAGCUGGAAAAUGGAACAAGACUUUCCCGGAAGUAUUGAACUCCGGUGUGCUUUAGGGGAUUCCUAUGAACAUCAGAGCCUAAACAUGAUACCGCUUAGUUUUGAGCUGGGAGGUAACAUGAUAUCAGCUAGCAUGUUCAAGGAGCAGAAUGCAAUGUAUUACUUUAAAGGCUGUUCGGGAUCAGCCAGGAGGGCCUGGCCAUCGGCGGGCCCGUGCCUGGCAAGGCGACCGCCACCAGCAACUUCAUGACGCAGUUUCAGAAGAAGGUCUUGGACAAGAUCCUGCGACCGUCAACUAUCACUGCAGACCACGGUGCUGUGGCAGCCGCAGUGGGAGCUGAGGCAGUGGAUACUGCGGCUAACGACGGUGAUGGUGCAGCAGCGAGGGCAGCCGCUGGGGACCACGAACAGGCGGUGGGUGGCGGAGAGGCUGCUGCCAUGGGCACGCAUGCCGUGGAUGGUGGCACGGGUGGCGGCCGCACAGCAGGCGUCGCAGCAGCAGCAACCGCAGGGGGGGACACCGGCACGGGUCCCAGGCAGGGCGAGGCGGGCGUUGCCCAGGUAGAAAACCUAGCAGUUUGGAACCUGGGGAGCAUGUUUAACAAGGUCGAGUGGUGCUGA